AUGGCUCUGCCUCAGUCGUUCUCGACCACUGCAGACUGUCCGUUCAUGGAACAAUCGCCUUCCACUGCGACUGUGAAGUUGUCUUCGUCAAGUAAUCCGGCAUCCCCUUCCCUUUCUCGCUCUGUUGCAUUUUCGGCGGGUACCGAAAUGCAGACCAGAGCACGCUCAAACACUGACUCUGGACACUACACCCACCUUUCUUCUUCACCUACAAUGCGGAGCCGGCUCUCGCCCGUCAGGAUGACCCAAAGUAGCUCGUUUGCUAGUCUUUUGCUGUCUGUGAGGCCAAGGUCGAGGUCGAAAGCUCCGAGCGAUAUCGACAGACUAAGUUCCGCCUCGGAAUUGCACAAGGCGGAUUCACCUACGAGUUGGUUCGGAAAGGCUUGCGAUUUCAUACGACCCUGGGAGGAUAGCGAUGAUGAAGAUAUACCAGAGGAGCAAAAACAGGCCUAUAUCCAAACUCGCGAGGCUGUGAAUGCCACUCUGAAGCGCAUGGUCGGAUAUGCAGGCGAUAUUGCAUUAGAGGUGCUGGUUACAUCAAUCGAACUGAUGGAAUAUGCGCCUGUUCCUGCCCUACAAGGACUUUCCAAGACCUUUAUGGGUAUUUGGAAGACGGUCCAACAAGUUUCUAUGAACCGUCUGGCAUUUCUUCGCCUUACACAGACAUGUACAACCAUCUUGGACUCGAUUUGCAAUGAAGUGGAAAAUUCUGACGAGUACGUCGCUAGACAAUUGGCAGGACCUAUUCUUGUACUCGAACGAUCUUUUGAUUCUUUUCUUUCUCUGGUUAAAUCGCAAGUUGAACUCCCUUUUCUGGCUCGAUAUCUAAAACGGGAUGACACAGCAAAAGCGAUAGCUGAUUGCAACGAAUCUUUGCUACGGUCUCUGACAUUAUUCACGACCACUAUCCAAAUUCGAACUUAUCAGGCAGUCUGCGCUAACAUGCAGAUGAGUUCUAACAACCAAGCUCAGAUACUUUCCCUGAUGGAUCAUGGAUUCACGACUCAUUCUGAGGCAUUGCUCACAACUGAGAAAGCCAAACGAUGCUCAGCACCCGAUCUAGAUGGACUCCCGUCGUCUUCUUCGCAUCGAUCAUUUGAAUUAUCAGCAUCACCUACAAUAGUGUCACGUUCCACCGACGAUUUACUUUCAAGGCCUCAUAUCAUGCCCAUUCUUCAAAAGAUCCAAACUGCGCAAAAUGCCCAAGAUGCCAAAGCAGAUAUGGAAGAUUUAAGAAGGUCAAUUAAGGCGGCAUUGGAAUCUGGAAGCGAUGCGAAGCUACUUUCAUUCCUCGGCAUUGAAGCCCAAGAGAUGCCAGAGGCUAUUAAAACAUUGCAGAGAACUCUCGAAAAGAAAUCAGAAAUUGGAGAGGAAGGGACGAAGGACACUCUUCAUGAAGAGUUUAUAGAAAGUGGCAUUGACGCGUUGAGGCGAAUGAGCGUUGGGAAUAGGUUCUCAACAAACCUCCCUUUCUGGACAAUCACAAAGUAUGAGGUGGAGAGAGGUCGUAAGAUAGGAAUGGGAUUUUUCUCUGAAGUUUUUCAAGGAACGUGGAAAGGUCGAGUGGUUGCUAUCAAGGUUCUUUCUGAAGUCACUCCUUCCGAUUUAUUCGUCAGGGAAAUAAAGGUCUGGAAAUCUCUCGUCCACCCUAACGUUCUCAAGCUCUACGGUGCAAGUAGUGCGACUGGAAGUCACCCCUGGUUCUUUGUUAGUCCCUAUAUGAAAAAUGGCAAUCUUGUCGAGUUUUUGAGGAAGAUUUCGCAACGGGACGAAACAGAACUACAUGAACUGGGUUCCAUCGCAGAGAAUCUUCCCUCAUCGAAGAGUCGGGGAAGUUAUGGACGAUCUUUCAUAAAGAUAUUGAAGCUGACAGACGUAUAUCGCAUCCUGCAAGAGAUUGCCAAAGGAAUGGAAUAUUUACAUCAGAUGAAUGCGUCAAAUGUUUUAGUGGAUGAUCACUGCAGAUGCGUUAUUUCUGACUUUGGCCAGAGCGAAAUGAAGUCGGAGGUGUGCAGGAUAACGGGAUCAUCCAUGCAAGCCGGGACAUUGAGGUGGAAAGCUCCAGAGUUGUUGGAAGGGUCGUCAAUGUUGACCACGGCGACUGACAUUUAUGCAUACGGUAUUGUCUGCAUCGAAGUGCUCACUAUGGGAGACCUACCAUGGGCACACGAUGAUGACGACGAAGUUCGAUAUAAUGUUCUGGAGAAAGACAAGCGGCCACUUAUUCCAGAGAAUUUUACGUCACCUUUGUUCCAUGAAAUGAUAAGCGCUUGUUGGGAGCGGGAUCCAGCAAAACGAUCUCCAUUUACAGACACUGUGUCAAGACUUCAGCGCCUCAGGAUUAUUGUGGGUGAUGGUUCGGAUCCUUCGGUGAUUAUCGACGACGAAAUGCCGCCACUAUCUCCAAGUUUAUCUGCCACCUGUGCCUCUCCAUCCAUCAAAUCCCCAACGUCCACUCCGCACUUAAGUCAUGGAAACCAUCGAGAAUGUUUCGAUGACUCAGAUGAUUAUGUUGCAAUACCAUCUGCACAGGAGGUGGAUGCACUUCGUAUGGAAGAUGUCAAAAUUACAAGUGGGCAACGAAAUGUUCAACCCGAGACACUUCGUCGAGCAUCAUCUGUGGCCUCAAAGCGUCUUUCACAAACUCAGCCACCCAAAGACAAUGGCCCAAAUUGCUCAGUUCUGGAUGACAAUGUUCCCCUCUCUGCCAAUGCGGGGUUCUUUGAGGCGAGGGACGAAAUGCGUUAUCGCUACCUUUUGGAACAUGACUAUAACCCAUCUUUGACGCUGCCUCUAUGGACUCCUUCAACCGUUCACAUAGGAGACGUUGGGUACCUGUUGAAGCCCUCUGGAUCAUUUUUUACCCUGUUCAAUGCACUUCAGCGUACCAAGACCCCUGGCGGGCUUACCGGCGGUUUCCCUUCCAUGGCCGGCUAUGGGAGUGUUUCGAAAGGCCACAUCCACCUUGACAAAAAAAAUGCUGCGCAAAAGGGGCUUGAAGCCUUUACUGGAUUGUUGGCGUUCAGAACAAAGCACGACAUGCCUCUUGUUCGUCAUCACACAUUUCGCCUCCGUUCUGGUCAUAAAUCCGCGCAUAUAUACACUGAAGAGGCUGAAUAUCACUAUAUGAAGAAGCUAGAUGCACCCAGGGCAUGGUUUCGAGCAAACGUUGACUUGAUUCUGAAUUACUAUGGCAAGGAACAUAACAUUCAAAAGGAAGAUCUACUUCUUGUUAUUAGCUUGCUCGAAGCACCAAACUACGCUCUCUUUGUCAAUCACGGACAUCCCGACGGACAGGGUCAUUUUUACGUUUUCUCUACACCGAAAAAAGGGCAUCCUUGGGGCAAAUUUACCACCGAUACGACAAUUGCGCCAGACGGUGCCCAAAAUGCCCCUGAUGAAGCUGUGGAUGGAAGGAAAGAUGCUUGUAAAGUUUCUCUCGUCAAUGAUCCUCCAAAAGCUGUAGUAGUCGGUCGUUUGAGAUUCAAACCUGACUGCGCGGAGCCAACGACGGCCAAGUCAUGUAUCUUUGAUAAUCCACACAAGGCUAAAAUGGCUCGCCAAGAAAACACGAAUGACCAAAAGUUCCCCUCCUUGACAGAUUUCUGGAAGGAUAACUGCACCGAUGAUCCAGAAUUCGCGUUUGAGCAAUAUGUUCAAAUGUAUCACGCUUGCUUCAAGCCCGCGACGUCGCCUGGUCCGUAUGGUCAAGGAUCAUCCUCAUAUUUUCAUAGAAAAGGUAUCAAAGAAUGUCGCGAACGUCUUGUAACGCGUCAGAAUACGGAGUUAUCUGCUGGGGCGUCGCAAGAGAACGUUGAUGAUCUUCUUGAGUUGGGUCUUCGGGUGGCCACCGGUACUCAUUUGAAGUUCGACGAAGCUACGGGGGUUGCAUUGUUCAAACGGGUGGUAGAUGGGGAGUAUCCCAAAGAAAAGAAGGCGAUUGCAGCCAGUCUCAUUUGCCAUUGCAUGAAGCGGAGGAUACUCGACGAUACCCAACAAUUUGACACUUUGGAAGCAUUUCAAUGGGCCGAUCUCAGCUGCGAGUACGGGCUCUUCAGCUAUUGCUGUCUUCACUUGGUUCUGUCGUACGACCGCUUGGGGAAAGCACCACUUGAUCGAGGGGACUUUUCCAAAUUCACCAAUAUUUGGAAUGCAUAUGACCGCUUCCGCGAAGAGACGGGGCUGCAGAGACCAAGAUCGGGGCAUUGCGAAAACUGUCAUAGGCAACCCAAGCGACGGAGUAUGCUAAAGAAAUGUGCAGGAGAUUGUAUCUUGGAUAACAAACCCGUGUAUUGUGGUAAAAAAUGUCAAAAAGAGCACUGGCCCAAACAUCGUCGAUGGUGUAAACUGGAAACUGUCGAAACCGACUCUGAAUGGACAACAGAUUCAGUGCGCGAAGACUGGGAAUAUAGCGAAGGAGAAGGAGCACCUGAACCACCAGAUGUCCUUCCAAACACUAAAGUUGAGGUCAAUUUUGCAUCUGGUCGACGUUGA